GCUUCGUCAAGAAUAGGAAAUAAACAUUUGCCACAUUCUCUUCGCGGCUUCUAGUCUUGAGUUAAAAGUACAUGACUUAGCUAGAUUACAAAGUUUUUCAAAUUCCCACUUGGAUGGGGCCUUUUGCGACAAUGUGUUUCGCUUGGCUAUCUUGCCCUCUACCCGAGUCUAGAAUAGCUACCAACUAACUAAUUAAUUCCUCCAUAGCACUGACUAAGUUUGCCGGGUGGAUGAAACUGUCAGUCUCCAAUUAUGCCUCCAUCCCGUCCAUCGGCAUUGCUCCCGCGCAUCCCGCAAUACGAGAGAUUAACUUAACUCAGUCGAUACUAAGUUAUAGCUUAACCAGGGUUGCACGGGAGGUAUCUCGAUGUCUUUGCAGACGCAAUCGAUUUUCGUAUCGAAGCUUCAUCCGUCGUAGAACUUUCCAUCCAAAGUAUUCCUCGUGUCUUUUCCGCGGAUUCCUGAUUAGACUUUCCCAAUCGGGUUUUUGCUAUUGGAUUCAAAUUCAACUUCUGGAAGUCUGGCCGCUAUCUAUUACAUACUAUGUAGUAUAAUCAAGGAUUCCUUUCGACCUACGCAGUACUUUUACAUCUGUAUGGUGGCAGCAAAAGCAAUGCAUUGCUAGUGAGACAAC